AUGGAGGCCCCGACUGCGGAUCUGACAGCCGAAGGAGCGACGCGGGGCCACUUCUCUGCCGCGGACGCUACCUCUGUCUCUGCCUCUGCGUGCAACAGCCCAGAGCACGGAGACGAGGCGCCUGCGCAUUCCUCACACGAAACCUCCACCCUGUCGCUGCCGUCGUUGUCGUCGUCGUCGCCGCCGCCGCUCGCUCACAACGACAACGACGACGACUCUUCGACGCAUGGUAGCCAUCAUGCCCAGGACACACUGGCAGUAGACGUCGAGGAGAACGACUGCACGCCACGGUCAGAGCUCCCCUCUGUCCCCGAGGCCCUCAGCGCGAAUCUGCUCACCCAGAUGCACACAUUGGACCCUGAGCCCAGCUACUUCUCGCCGCAGCCCCUCCGCAUCUACUCGUCGCCCAUCUCCCACUCUACACCCCCAUCGACAAACCCCUCGCCCGUAUCGAGCACGCAUACCUCGGCCACGUCCCUGACCAAUCUCCACCACCACCGCCAGCCGCCUGUCGAUGGCACAACCGGCUUCUCUGGCCCUUCGCCCCAUCCCGACCGCCCCGCCUUCCAGCGAGACAUCUCCAGCGCCUCGACCGCCAGCAAUACGACCGUGCGGGCCAAUACGGCAGAUACCGCCCACACCUACACCUUUGCUGCGCACGCACGCCAGCGAGAUGGGCCUGUCUACCCCAACCAGUCCUAUGCUGCCCUGCACCUCCAGCAGCAUCCUCUUCCACAUAUCCCACCCAUCGUCCGCUCGCGCAGCUCGCAUCCGGCCCACACCGCAGCCAACUCACUAUCGAGCCUGGGCAGCUUUGGCGUCCACAACGACCACUAUCGUGAUAUCAUGGACUCUGCCCCACGCACUGUCGGUAAUUCACCAGUCAGUAGCCCGGGUUUGUUUGAUCCUACCACGCGUCGUGCUACUAAUCUGGAAAGUCUGAAUGACGGACUGCACUCGACUCCCUGGCUGCACCCAGCCCACCGACAGCCCCCCAAGGAAACCCACAUUGCCGAUGUCCAGGCCGAUCCUGUCUCUGGCCGUAAGAUUGUCAACCAGUACGAGAUCAUCGACGAGCUUGGCCGCGGCGUGCACGGAAAGGUCAAGCUGGGCAAGGAUCUGGCCCAUGCCCGCUAUGUCGCCAUCAAAAUCGUCGAUCGCUACUCGAAGCGUAGACGCCUGGGCAAGAAUACCAGCCAUGAAGACAAGAUUAAACGCGAGAUUGCCAUUCUGAAAAAGGCCCGCCAUCCCAAUAUUGUCAGCUUGCUCGAAGUCAUUGAUGACCCAGCUAAGAAAAAGGUCUACAUCGUACUGGAGCAUGUCGAGUUGGGCGAAGUCAAGUGGCGGACCGAGGGCGCAAAGGAAAUCUGCCUGGUCGAAUGGCGUCGCAUCAAGCGAGAAUCCAAGGGCAUCUUCGACAAUGAUAGCGCCCGGUUGGAAGACGAGAGGAUCAUGCGAGAGGCUCACCAGCAGCUUGCCCGUGAGCAACGCCGCAUGGCAAGGAAAGCACAGGCUCAGCUCCGUCGUCAGGAGUCCCAUCCUGGCCAAUCGUGGAGCCUUGAAUUCGCCAUGGAAUCCGAUGACGAACAGUCCGAGGCAGGUGGUAGCUCGCAGGCCUCCCACUAUGGUGAUGAGCAUCACAACACUCGCGUUCAAUUCAGUGACAGACAGGAUCCAUCAAGUCGCUACGAUGAUUCCAUGGAAACGGCCUUCCGCUCGCCAGCCCCUCUAUCCUCUUCCAUACCCACUGGGCUGGAGGGUACCAUGUAUGGCGCGUACGACAACGAUUUCAUGCGUGGGCGUGCCGCAAGCUUGGCAGGCAGUAACAACUCUUCCCACUGUGCGGACAUGGAGGAAAAUAUCCCCGAGCACUUUCAAUACGUUCCGCUGAUGACUACCCAGGCUGCCUGGGAAGCCUUCAAGGAUACCGUGUUGGGUCUUGAAUAUCUUCAUUAUCAGAACGUCAUCCAUCGAGACAUCAAGCCGGCUAAUCUGCUGGUCACCAAGGAGCAUCGAAUCAAGAUCUCGGAUUUUGGCGUGUCUUAUCUCGGACGACAGAAAACGGAAGAGGGUACCGGAGAUCACUCUGAAUCUGAGCAUCAGGAGGUCGAUGAGGCCAUUGAGCUAGCCAAGACUGUCGGCACUCCAGCCUUUUACGCGCCCGAGUUAUGCCGUACAGAAAUCGAUGUCGAUACCCCACUCAUUGAUGGAAGUAUCGACAUCUGGGCCCUCGGCGUAACGCUCUACUGCCUCAUCUACGGCCGUGUACCUUUCCACGACACGAAUCCUUUUGUACUGAUGAAAAUCAUCAGUGAGGAGGAGCCGUACAUCCCGAGAUAUCGCCUCAAGCCUGUCGCUGAAGGCCCCAACUCGCGGCCGAGCUCGCAUGGACGGAACAGUCAGCCGAUGACGAGCAGCAAGAGGGCAGCACACGAUCUCGAAUACGAAGAGGUAGAUGAAAAUUUGCGCGAUCUGUUGCGCAAAUUGCUCAUCAAAGAUGCACGUCAACGCAUCACGAUCCCCGAGAUCAAGCAACACCCCUGGUUGCUAUCAGGCAUUCCCAAUCGCGUUGCAUGGGCCGAAGAGACGGACCCAAGUAGGUCGUAUGACGGCGGCAAGAUUGAGAUUUCCAAGGACGACGUGGACAUGGCCGUGGUUCCUAUCGGCUUUGUUGAACGCAUACGAUCGGCAGUCAAGAAGACUUCAGACUUCGUGGCAAAGGGCUUUACACGCAGUUCAGGGUCACGUAGGCGUGCCCAGAGCACUGUGACACACCAGAAUGCCCCGCCCAACAUGAGUGCGAACUCUUCAAGCAGCACAAUCAGUCAAGACGGUAGACGCGGAAGCCUGGCGCCCAUUGCGAUUCUAGAGCGCAUAGGUCUGUCACGUGAAGCAGACCACCCCCUAUCUCACAGUGUUACUGCGAGUCCGGAAGCAAGGGAACGAACGAAAUUCUUCGAUAGCCCAGACUCACGCACCGCUUCACCUGCACAAGGUGUUGACAGCCAAAGGCCGCACAUGCAGGACCGUUCCAUGUCGUCAGUGCAUACUGUCCGACAAGGAGACUUGCUUUACGGCCGUUCUGCAUCCCCUGCUCUGCCUCCAGCGCUUCCUGGUACACCGACUGCGCUGGACACGCCUGGUGGCUCGCAACUGAGUGGUCUGUUUGGCGGUCUUCCGCGCAGGGUGGUAAACAGUAUGCGAAGCAACAAGAAUCUCAAGGGCGCAAAAGAUCACAACCGCACCAAGUCGAUUGACAGACUGUACGAAGGCGGAGAUGAUGCUCAUGGUAUGCCGAGUCUUGCACUCAGUACCACCAAUGCCUCUGGCCACGUUGAUCAACCGGAUAUUCUCAAAGAUUUGUCCCCAGUCGCUCGAUGUUCAUCGCCAAGCUCCUCGGAGGCCUUUUCGUUUAGUCGCAUGGGGACCUCGUCACGGCAGUCUUCCAUGUCAUCCUUGAAAUCUUCUCGUCUCCAACGCAACUGGGCCGCAGCGAACGAAGCCGACACGGGUCCCAACUUAGGCUUAAACUCAGAGUACCGCACAGACCUCUCGUACGGACGCUCUCCCUUCGCCCACAACAGCCAACAAUACGAUACUGGCCGGAGGCCUAGUUACCCUGCACCACUGCGUGAGUCAUCGGAGGAUCAGUUCAAUCGUGCCAAAGCUGAGCAGAUUCGGCUAAGGGUCAGAGAAGCCAGGGAGAGGUCCAAUUCCGGCACUCUUCCCAGGCCUCCCUCAGCUUUGAGUCAAUCUGCAUGUCCACCAAGUCCAGACGACGAAUUCGGCUAUCAACGAGUCACCGAGUACUUGAAUCAUCGUGAUCCCUCUACUGAGAAUAGUCCUGUUGGUGGAGAGGAGCGGGGUUUAGCAUUUUGCUCGUCCGAAGAGCAAUUCACGUCCAUGUCGCAGUCCACGUCCAACCCCUCAAUCCCUUCUGCCGCAUCUGCUGGUUCUUCGGCAUCAGAUGAGUGCGCGCCACUCGACUAUUACGCGGACGUGCUGCCCAACUCAUCCACAUCCUUAGACAGGAAACAAUUCAAAUCUCCUAGCGAUGAUCUCGCAGGCUACGAAGGCGAUCACGCUGUUGACAGCGAAGAAGACUCGGAUAGCGAGGAGGAAGUCUUGUUCAUUGGUGCCCCUAAGAAGAAGCCCCAAUUAAAAACAUGUCGAAGCAAUUCCGUAAACAUCGCGGAGGUCGCACGCUCCAAUACACACCCGUCAUUCAGCCACCGCCGUCGCUCGGCUCGCAGCGGCAGCAACGGCACCGUCAAAAAGAUCCCCCCAACUGAAGCGACGUCCGAAGAGCACACUCCCACGCUCGAAACAUCAUAA